UUAUGUCCCUUUCCAGAUUUAGACAUAAAAUGCAAUAGAUCUUGCCCUAGAGGACAUUGCACCAAUACAAAACAAUCUAGACUGCAUUGAAUUAAUGUCUAUCUCUCUGUUUUUCUUUUGUGGAUUCUUUUAUGUUUCUUUUUUUGACUUUAAUGGUUGAUAAGUUUUAGCUGGAAUCUUGUUAAUGCUAUUGAGUGAUCCACAUGCAUUCAUGUCUUCAUUUCUUCCAAAUCCAUCCACCUCGUAUGGCACAAGUCAAUCAGCCAUGGAAGACCCUGUUUCGAUAAGUUCAACCAGCCAUGGAAGUUACUGAGUCAAUUGCUGCCUCCUCCUCUCUCUAAGAACCAAAUCAAAAUGAAGGUUUCCUGCAUCUAUGACCCCAUGAGAAAACUAAUCUCACCUUUGCUUCUUUCUUUUCUUGUAAUCAACCUCACUUUCUCAGGCACCGAUGCCUUCACCUUCUUGGGCUUCCGUGGAGCAAACGUGAGCUUAUCCGGUGGCUCGGAGAUCACGUCAGGUGGUGCCCUGCAACUAACCAACAACUCUCUCAAUAUCAUAGGCCAUGCUUUCUAUGCCACCCCAUUUCAAUUCAAGAACUCGUCAGAAGGGGACACCUUCUCUUUCUCUGCAUCUUUUGUCUUUGCCAUCGACCGUCCGAACCCUUUUGCAGCGAGUGGCUUCGCCUUUGUGAUUUCUCCGACUUCCACCCAGUUUGAAGGAGCCACCGGAGACCAAUACCUUGGCCUCUUCAACUCCACGAGCAAUGGAGAUCCUCGAAACCAUGUUUUAGCAGUGGAAUUUGACACUGUCUUGAACGAACAAUUCAAUGAUAUUAAUGCAAACCAUGUGGGUAUCGACCUCAAUAGCUUAACGUCAAAUAUAUCGGCCUCUGCUGCUUAUUUCAUAACAGAGGGUCAGAACACAAGCAGAAACGAUCUCAACCUCACAAGCGGAGACAUGAUUCAGGUAUGGAUCGAUUACAAUAGCUCUGAGAAGCUACUCAAUGUGACUCUCUCCCCUAAUGGAAUAUCAGGAAGAAACAGCCAGCCUCUGCUAUCUCUAAAGGUCAAUCUCUCCUCCAUCUUUGAAGACUUUAUGUAUGCGGGUUUCUCUGCAUCCACAAGCAGCACGUUUGCGAGUGUUCAUUACAUUUUGGGAUGGAGCUUCGAGGUGAAUGGGAAAGCUCAGGAUUUAGAUUUCUCUCAGCUUCCCUCAUACAAAACUGGCAAAUCGUCAGGUGGGCUUUCCUUGGGUUUCAAACUUGGGAUAUCCUUACCACUCGUAGUCCUCUUUGUAACCAUGCUUCUCAUCUUAUACCUCAUCCAAAACCAAAAAGACAAUGAGAACGUGGAAGAUUGGGAAUCAGGAUAUGGUCCUCGAAAGUUCUCGUACAAGGAGCUUUCCCGGGCCACAAAAGGUUUCAAAGAUGAAGAGCUUCUAGGAUAUGGAGGCUUUGGGAAAGUUUACAAAGGGGUACUUCUAAGUUCAGGAGUUCAUAUUGCAGUGAAGCGAUUCACUAGUGAAUCAAAGCAAGGUAUAAAGGAAUUUGCAGCAGAGGUCUCGAGCAUCGGCAGGCUACGCCAUAGGAACCUGGUCCAACUUCAUGGGUGGUGUAGGCAAAAUGGUGAGCUUCUUUUAGUCUAUGACUACAUGCCAAAUGGAAGCCUAGACAAGCUCUUAUUUAAGGAGGAUGGCCCAAUUUUAAGUUGGGGGCAAAGGUAUAACAUCCUUAGGGGAGUGGCUUCAGCACUUUUGUAUCUGCACGAGGAAUGGGAACAAGUGGUGAUACAUAGAGAUGUGAAGUCCAGCAAUGUUCUAUUGGAUGCUGACAUGAAUGGGCAGUUAGGGGACUUUGGGCUUGCGAGGCUUCACGACCAUGGUGAAAAGAUGCACACAACCCGUGUGGUGGGUACAUUAGGCUACCUUGCACCUGAACUGGCUCGAACUGGCAGAGCCACCACCCAAACUGAUGUCUUCUCCUACGGCAUCGUAUUACUAGAGGUGGCCUCAGGAAGAAGGCCUACCAGGCCACAAGGAUUACCAGAAGAAGGUGCCCUAGUAGAUUGGAUAUGGAAGUGCUUUAAGGAAAGGAAGCUCUUAGAUAUGGCUGAUCCAAAGCUUAGAGAUCAUUAUGUGAAGGAUGAAAUAGAGAUGGUGUUAAAGCUAGGGUUGCUAUGUUCACACCCAGUGCCUGAGGCUAGGCCAAGCAUGAGGCAAGUAUUCCAGUUUUUGGAUAGAGAUAUUCCAUUUCCGGAUCCAUUUCUUGAGGGUAUGGUAGCUAGCAACAAGGAAAUUAAGGACUAUUUUCACUCCUCUCUGUCUUCUACAGGAAUUUCUAUAGGUACCAUAUCUGCACUUUCAGGAGGUCGCUAGAAGCCUCAAUAAAUUUUGUCUUAACCACAAUCUUUGCUUAAGGUAUUGCUUGAUCAUUUUCCUUUUUUCUUUAGUUGAGAUGGAAUUCCUUUUGUUGGGAUUUGUAACCACAAAUAAGUUAUAAAGUGUAAUAAAUUUAUCAAAUGAAUAUUACAUGGGAUCAAUUUGUGUGA